AUGAAUACUAUAUAUAAAACGAAUACUAAAAGAACAGACUCUUUAAAAGACAAUCUAAAAAGGGUUGUCUUGAAAGAAUGCCUUUGUAAUUAUCAGUUUAUUGUAGUCCACGGAGCUGAGAUUCAUUUUGGUGGGUGUCUGUUGCCCUCUAGUGGCUCCAGAGGGUUAAAGCUCGAGAAACGGUCCUCAAGAUGGCCGUUCCCAGGACACGCGGGCGAGAAGGACGGGAGAGACGGGGAGAGAGACGUUUGCAGCAGGAACGGUGUGAUCAUCUCACACAGUAACUUGGCCUUUUAUACAGACUUCUUAAUACUCUUCGUCUGUUUACAAAACAAAGGAACAGAGACCGCAGCGCCUUAG